UUAGAAGAAGCCCUUGCAGAUUGUGAUACUUUUAAAGAUAAAGAUGAAAUCCCAUGGUCUAAAAUAGUAGCAAAGCAUGGUGUUGUGCGCUCAACGUUAACGCGCACGUGGAGGGGCGAGACGCAACCGCGAGAGGCAGAAAAUACUGCACGCCAGAAGCUCACCCCACAACAGGAAGAGGAGCUUGUAACGUAUAUAGAGGAGCUUACUGCUCGUCAUAUACCUCCUACAAGAGAGAUGAUACGGAAUUUCGCGUCAGCAGUCACCCAGGAGCCAGUGAGCGAGAGCUGGGUUACCCGCUUCAUCAACAAGCACUCUAUCCAUCUCAUCUCUUAAUAUUCAACUGGGAUGGACACUAAUCGCCACAAUGCUAAUUCAUACACUAAGUAUGAGUUAUACUUUAACCUACUGCAGCAAAAGAUUACUAAAUAUAAGAUUAAGAGCUGCCACACAUACAAUAUAGACAAGAAGGGAUUUAUAAUUAGAGUAACCACCAGGACUAAGCAUGUGUUUAGCUGGCGGAUGUGGGAG